GUUAGCUAGGAUUAGACAAGAGAAGUGGGAUUGGCUAGGUCAGGAUAAGAAUGUCAGAAUCAGCCAAUUAGACGUAGAGUAAGGCAGAGUAGGGCGGGAGAUAUCUUCGCCAUCCUGCCUUUGGGGGUUGCGCCGGAGUUUUCUACGUAACUGUGCCUCUGACGUCACCCGCCUUAGUAACCCUCGGCGGCGUCUCUAGGAGAGAAGGCAACAAGAUGGGAUUGCUGUCCAUCCUACGUAAGCUAAAGAGCACACCAGACCAGGAGGUCAGGAUACUGCUGCUGGGUCUGGACAACGGCGGGAAGACCACCUUGCUAAAACAGCUGGCAUCUGAAGAUAUCAGUCAUAUCACCCCCACACAGGGAUUCAACAUUAAGAGUGUCCAGUCUCAGGGGUUUAAACUGAAUGUUUGGGACAUUGGAGGCCAGAGGAAGAUCAGGCCGUACUGGAGAAACUACUUUGAAAACACAGAUGUGCUGAUAUAUGUAAUUGACAGCGCUGACAGAAAGAGAUUUGAGGAGACUGGUCAGGAGCUGGCGGAGUUGUUAGAUGAAGAGAAGCUGAGUGGCGUUCCCGUGCUGAUCUUUGCAAACAAGCAGGACCUGCUGACAGCCGCCCCGGCCUCCGAGAUCGCAGAGGGUCUCAAUCUGCACACUAUACGGGAUCGCAUGUGGCAGAUCCAGUCCUGCUCUGCCCUCACUGGGGAGGGGAUUCAGGAGGGCAUGAAUUGGGUGUGCAAGAGCGUCAACUCCAAGAAAAAAUAGCUUCACUUCUAGUCUUCUGCUACUCAGGAGGAACAGCAGCAGCACCUACACUGACACACAUUUCACCCUCCGGAGCCUUAGUACGAUGGGAUAUACCUGUGAAUGUAAACACACUACUAAUCCAACAUGGACCUGGAGUAUUUAACCCCCUGCAUUCCUGCAUUGCUGAUGUUUACUAAUCUCAACACAUCUUCCUACGUUGCCCUCUACAAAGAGGAGGGCAGGUUGACUUCAAAGGGAUCCCAUGCCAGGAAAUCGACCUUCUCCACCCAGAUUACCCACGUCACCUUCACUGUCCCAGCCAAUCCCAGCCACCAUCCACGGCCUGUCACAACCUCAAACAUUCCCAUUAAAGUGUGGUCUUUCAUUGGAAUUCCAGCUUGUUCUUUAAACUCUUGCACACACUGUCUGGGAA